AUGAACGCGGACGACUAUGCGGAUUUGCCCUCCAAGGCGAAAGGCAAGCAGGCAAGGCGUCGUGCAGAUGAUGACGACGAUGAUGACGGAGACGACAAUGAGGAUGAUAGCGACGAUGCCGAUGCCGGGCCGAUCGGGCCGAAAGUGUUUGACUCGGACGACGAGCUGAACGGUAGCAUUCAGGGAAGCGACGAGGAGUUGGAUUCCGACGAGGCGUUUGGCGAGAGCGACGAGGAAAAGUUUGAAGGUUGGACGUUUGGUAGAGGUGCCAAGCAGAGCAAGCGCAGCAAAGGUGAUUCCGAUGAUGAUGAUGAAGAGCAAGACGAGGAAGACGAAGAGGCCGAGGGAGACGAUGGCGGAAUGAUGGAUCUCUCACGCAUGCUCGACUCUGCCUCGGACUCCUCUGAUGACGGCAAUGAUGACGACAACGACGUUUCAGAAGACGACGGGAACGAUCAGAGCAGCAACAAGCUUGCCAAGCACAUCGAAUCCUUCGCCGCCGCCGGAUCCAAACGCACAGCAACCUCCACCUCGGACGAUGAACACAAUUCGGAUGCACAACCUUCCUCAAAACGUUCGCGCCGCAUCCUCUCCGAACGCACCGAAGCCAUCCCUGAAACCGAGUUCGCAGCCGCCCACUCUGGGUCCACGCUCCGUCUUGAAGAUUUCCUCAGCCCGCUCUCGUCCAACAUCGACUUUGCCGACGUGCGCAAAUCCACCAAGCUUCUUUCCAACUCGAGCUCCCAAUCCACCUCUGCCGCCCCCACCGCGUCCAAAAAGGGAGGAGGUGCUCUCUCCGCCCCGCUCCCCUCCGUCCUCCAAGACCGACUCGACCGCCAAGGAGCCUACUCGAUCACCCGCGACGAAGUUCAAGGCUGGCAACCAACCAUCAACCGUCUUCGCGAUGCCGAACAUCUCUCCUUCCCGCUCCAGAAACCCUCCGUCACCCCUGCCUCCACCUCCGGUCUCGUCGCCACCUUUACACCGGACAACGAUAUGGAGGCGUCCAUCGCCGCCAUGCUUACCGAGGGCGGAUUGACGGAGAAGCAGCUGGCGGCGCAGGAGGAUCUGGCCAUGAACAAGCUCGAUCCAUCCGAAGCCAGGGCAAGGCGCGAUGAACUGCGCAGGAUGAGGAUGUUGAUGUUCCGCGCAGAGCAAAAGGCGAAGCGCGUCAGCAAGAUCAAGAGCAAGACGUACAGGAAGCUGCACAGGAAGGAGAAGGAGAGGCUGAAGGAACAGAUGAAAGAGUUGGCCUCCGACGACGAGGACGAGGAGGACGACUUGGAAGAGAGGAUGAAGCUCGAAAGGGAUCGGGCUAGGGAGCGAGCCACGUUGAAGCACAAGAACACGAGCAAGUGGGCCAAGAACAUCUUGGCAGGGAGACACGGAGAGCACAACCAGGAGGCCAGGAACGAGAUCGAUGCGCAGUUGCGCAGGGGCGCUGAACUCAGAAGCAAGAUCCAGGGCAGGGAGGUCGGCGACGAUUCGGAUGAUUCGGACGAUGACGACUUUGACGAGCGAGCAGACGACGUGGAUGACGAGCAGGUGGUGGGCGACGCAUUCGACGAACUCGAGGCGUUGGAGGCCAAGGAAGAGGCCAAGCGUCGCAAGGACGAGGCCGAAUUCGAGAAAGUGGGUGGCAAGAAGGGUGUGUACGGGAUGAAGUUCAUGAAGGAUGCGAGGGAGAGGCAGUAUGCAAAGAUCAGGGGGGAUGUGGAUGACUUCGUUACAGAGAUGCGAGAUCUCGGUGCUGAAGACGAGGAGGAGCGGGACGACGGAGAGCCGGUGGUCGCUAGGAAGGGUCAGAGUGAAGGCGCGAGCUCGGUGUACGUUCAGGGCAACAAGGGCAGGGCGAUGUACGGCACCACUGCGUCGUCCAGCGUCACCCCUGCUCCCACGGUCGAAAGCAAGAAACCCGCUCAAACGCAACACCACCCUUCCUCCUCCGCAGCCCCCGCUUCGCACAGCAUCGAAGUCGCACCCACCCCAACCACCACCAAGAAACCCGCUACAUCAUCCAAGCCCCUCACCACCGCUUCACAUGACGAUGACGACGACGCCUCCAACCCCUGGCUCACCAUCUCCUCCUCCGGCCACGCUUCCAAACUCUCGCGCAAGAACAACACUUCUUCGCACGAUUCCUCCUCGGCAUCCAAAUCCCAGCUGCGGGCAUCCAAAACCGCCUCGAAAGCCUCCGCUUCCAAAGCAGCAGUUCUUGCGGACGAGGCGCUGCACAUUUCGCUGGAUUCGCAUCUCGCCGAUGGCGAGUCGGACGAUGAACAACCGAGCGAGAUUGUUUCCAAGCGUCGUGCUAACGCGGGAAUGACGGCGCUGGAGCAACGUGAUUUGGUGUCAACCGCCUUUGCAGGGGAUGAUGUGGUUGCUGAUUUCGCCGAGGAGAAGAGACGCGUGGUCGAAGAGGACUCGUCCAAGGUGGUGGAUACCUCGCUGCCCGGGUGGGGCAGUUGGACUGGUCGGGGCAUCAAAUCUCGACCUUCUAACCCCAAGUUUCACCGCAAGAUUCAAGGGAUCGACGCCGGUCAACGGAAAGACGCCAAGAUGGAUAACGUGAUCAUCACGGAAAAGAGGGAUAAGAAACAGGACAAAUUCCGGGCAAAAGAUCUACCCUAUCCCUACACCAGUCUGGCUCAGUACCAAGCUGCCAUGCAACAACCACUGGGGAAAGAGUGGAAUACGAGGAUAGAGACCAAACGGUUGAAUUUGCCGAGGGUGCUCAAAACCCCAGGCAAGGUCAUCGCCCCCGUCAGGAGGAAGUUCUAG